ACCACUCAGCUCUGUCCUCAUAUAUGCUGCACCGGGGCUCUUCUCUCAGGAAUCUGUUCUGAAUGUUAUACUCUCGUUGGAUACAUUGCGCAACAGUGGUUUUGUAAAGAAGUUUGUUUUGUGAUAUAUGGGUCCUUGUCUGGACUAAAGCUGUCAGGGAAACCAACAGAUAUUUAACGUCACCUACAACAGACUAACAUGCCACCAAAGAAAAAGACCCUGAGGGACUUAGAUGGUCAUGAGGAGAGGAAUGCCCAGGUCCAGUUGGAGAAGGCCAAGUACAAGCCUGUGGCGUUUGCUGUGCGGUGUAACUUCUAUUACAUACCGGCUGAUGAUGACAACAUCCCAGUACCAGGCCAGGCUGUCACCUUUGAGGCCAGAGACUUUUUACAUGUCAAAGAGAAGUUUAAUAGUGACUGGUGGCUUGGGCGUCCGGUGAAAGAGGAUGGAGUUGUGGGGUUCAUACCCAGUCCAACCAACCUGGAGACCAUCCUGAUCAGGAGAGAUGUCCAGGCCAGGAAAGCUGCCAAAGCUCUGGCCAGUAAAGCAGCAGUUUCUCAAGACACGAAUAAGAAGUACACCCCUCCUUCAACUGUUGCACAAGCGCAAAAGAAGUCGGGGGAGCAGGUGGCAGCCUAUGAUGUGGUUCCUACCAUGCGGCCUGUGGUGCUGAUGGGGCCCUCACUGAAGGGCUUAGAGGUAACAGACAUGAUGCAGAAAGCGCUCUUCGACUUUUUAAAACACAGAUUUGAAGGGAGAAUUACUAUAACUCGUGUGACUGCAGACAUCGCUCUAGCAAAGAGGUCCAUACUCAACAACCCCAACAAGAAAGCCCUGAUGGACCGCUCAAACACACGCUCUAACCUAGAUACUGCUGCCCAGAUCCAGGGGGAGGUGGAGCGGAUAUUCGAGCUAGCCCGGAGCCUACAGCUGGUGGUGCUGGAUGCAGACACAGUGAACCACCCCAUCCAGCUGUCUAAAACAUCUCUGGCCCCCAUCCUGGUCUACAUCAAGGUCUCCUCCCCCAAGGUGUUAUCAAGGCUUAUCAAGACCAGGGGCAAGUCUCAGACCAAGCAUCUCAACGUCCAGAUGGUGGCUGCAGACAAACUGGCCCAGUGUCCCACGGAGAUGUAUGACGUAAUCUUGGAUGAGAACCAGCUGAGCGAUGCCUGUGAGCACAUAGCAGACUACCUAGAGGCAUACUGGAGGGCCACCCACCCCCCAGAAACAGAACCUGUUAACCCCUUAGUGGAGAAGCUGGCAGAGAACACACUGCCUACAAGCCCUGCUCCAAAGAAGUGAGAGAUCUUUUUCUGGUG